AUGAUGUGGUCCAACUUCUUCAUGCACGAGGAGGACCGCCGGCGGCGAGCUCACGGGGCGCGCAAGGCCAGGAUGACCCCUGAGCAUGAGGGGAAGAUCAAGCUGGCGCUGCUGCUGACCUCCGUGGGUGCCACGCUGGCAGUGCUGGCCGUGGGCACCGAGUUCUGGGUGGAACUCAACACCUACAGGGACAACGGCAGUGCCGUCUGUGAUGCUGCCCACCUGGGGCUCUGGAAGAUGUGCACCAAGCGACUGUGGCAGGCGGACGUGCCCGCCGGCAGAGACACCUGCGGCCCAGCGGAGCUGCCCGGAGAAGCAAACUGCACUUAUUUUAAAUUCUUCACCACGGGAGAGGAUGCUCACAUCUUCCAGAGAACCACAAAGAAAGAGGUAAAUAUGGCAGCUGCGGUGAUAGCAGUGCUAGGCCUGGCAGUCAUGGCCCUGGGGUGCCUCUGUAUCAUCAUGGUGCUCAGCAAAGGUGCAGAGUUCCUGCUCCGGGUUGGAGCCAUCUGCUUUGGCCUCUCAGGCCUGCUGCUUCUGGUCAGCCUGGAGGUGUUCCGCCAUUCCGUGCAAGCCUUGCUGCAGGGAGUUAGCCCUGAGCCUCCCCCGUCCCCGGCCCUGACCUAUGAAUACUCCUGGUCUCUGGGCUGUGGCGUGGGGGCCGGCUUGGUCCUGAUCCUGGGGAGUGGCUUCUUUUUCCUGCUCACCCUGCCUCCCUGGCCCUGGGGCUCCCUCUGUCCCAAGUGGGGGCACAGGGCCACCUAGGGUCAUCAUUGUGCUUUCUCUAAGCAACUCCCAAACCCUUCGCCUUUCUCCAUUGUGCCCCUCAGAAUCUUUUGCCCCGUGUCCUAGAGAAACUGUGUUCUCCCUGCUCUGGGGGCCCAUGCUCUUUGCACAGAACUGCCCCUCACGCCCUCAUCUUUUUUCUCUGUAAAUAUGUCUUUCUCGGGGGCUGAAUUUGGGUUGCUUAGGAGUGGGACGGGGAGAGGAUUUUUGCAAACGAGGAUCCCCAGGGAA